AUGGGUCAAUCAUUGGCAUGCUUUCAAGUUCCAGAAAAGAAGCCAGAAGACUCGGCCGAUUUCAUCAAUCUUCCAAACGUGAUUCACCAAC